GAGUUACUUAGCAAAGGUUUGCAUGAUUUUGAGGUUGAAAAUUGUGGCACUGCUAUGAGGAUCGAGGAGGUACCUGCCGUUCGUGAUGUCGCAGGCGAAGAACAUCAGGGAGAAGGAGUGGGCGUGAAGAUGUACAUGAGCAACUACCCCUUCGACGACACCGACCAGGAUUGUUGGGAAUCCUGCCGGAUCAACGGUGUUUGCUCUUUGCCGGAAAGCAGAUCAAAGAUGGUCGAACCCUUGCGGAUUACCAGUUUAAUGGAUCAUGAUCUUUGCUUUUGUAUCUUUUUCAAG